AUGGACGCAGCGGACAUAGUUGCUUCCGUUUUGGUUGUGGGGGUUAUUAUCGUGUCGCUGCUGUCCAACGUUGUGGUGCUGAUCUGCUUUCUGUACAACCCGGAGAUCCGCAAACAGGUACCCGGUCUUUUUAUCCUAAACUUGACGUUUUGCAACCUGUUGCUAAGCGUGUCAAACAUGCCACUAACUCUGGUCGGGCUCAUCACCACGAGCUACCCCGGAGGCAGCGGCUUCUGCCAAUUUGUGGGUUUCCUCGACACUUUUCUCACCACUAACUCCAUGCUGAGCAUGGCAGCUCUCAGCAUCGAUAGAUGGGUGGCAGUGGUGUUCCCUCUGAGCUACCACUCGAGAAUACGGCACCGGGACGCAGUGGUAGCGCUGGCAUACACGUGGAUCCACUCACUUUGCUUCUCAACAGUGGCCACCUGCCGCUCCUGGGUCGGGUACCAUCACCUUUACGCAUCGUGCACGCUCUGCAAUGUCAGGGCGAAGGGAGCCGGUACGCACUUCAUCAUUUUCACGGUGGCUUUGCACUCUCUAACUUUCCUCCUCACGCUAAUCGUGUUGUGUGUGACGUACUGGAAAGUGCUGAAAGUUGCCAGGUUUCACUGUAAACGCAUCGACGUGAUCACCAUGCAGACGUUGAUGCUGCUUGUGGAUAUUCACCCCAGUGUGCGGCAGAAAUGCUUGGAUGAGCAAAAGCGGAGGCGACAGAGGGCCACCAAAAAGAUCAGUACUUUCAUCGGCACAUUUGUGGUGUGCUUCACCCCACAUGUCAUUACAAGAAUUGUAGAGCUCUUCUCCCCAGGGCCCAUAAGCCCUCAUUGGGGAGUGCUGUCCAAGUGUUUGGCCUACAGCAAGGCAGCAAGCGACCCGUUUGUCUACUCGCUACUGCGUCACCAGUACAGGAAGACCUGCAACCUUCUGGCUAACAAAGUCCUCAAGAGAGGUCCACUCAACUCCUCCUCCCUAAGGAUGGAGAACAGUGCAGCGAGGAGCGACAACACAACCAACAGUAGAUUGAACUCUGCGUGA